CUAGCUAUUGCCUUUGACUCGGGAAGUAUUCCCACUGUCAUACAUAAAAUAACGGUGCACGCGUUAUAAACCCCAGCGGUGGUAUGCCGAGUCAGACUGUACUCAAUUACUUUUAAGUUUUAAGUUUGACGAUAUCUACAUUUACACUCUUGCGUACUGUGUUUAACUUGUGACAACUAGCUAAUGCUGUUUUAGGAGUCUUGUCGUCAUUCUGAGCAUGGCAGUACAGUUACCUCCUUGCGUGAUUGACUGUGGAACUGGAUAUACCAAGAUUGGAUAUGCUGGGAAUACUGAACCGCAGUUUAUUAUGCCAUCCUGUAUAGCUGUUAGAGAAUCAGCUGGGGUAGGAGACCAGGCACAGAGACGUCUGAUGCGUGGGGUGGAUGAUUUAGACUUCUUCAUAGGCGAUGAAGCUGUUGAUAAGCCCAACUAUGCAACCAAGUGGCCAAUCAGGCAUGGCAUCAUCGAGGACUGGGAUUUAAUGGAAAAGUUCAUGGAGCAAAUCAUAUUCAAGUACCUACGUGCCGAACCGGAAGACCAUAACUUUCUCAUGACAGAGCCUCCACUGAACACCCCUGAAAACCGAGAGUACCUCGCGGAAAUCAUGUUUGAGACCUUUAAUGUUCCUGGCCUCUAUAUUGCUGUACAGGCAGUUUUGGCCUUGGCUGCUUCCUGGACCUCCAGGCAAGUUGGAGAACGAACUCUGACAGGGAUUGUGAUCGACAGUGGGGAUGGAGUCACUCACGCUAUACCUGUGGCCGAGGGCUACGUCAUAGGAAGCUGCAUUAAACACAUCCCCAUCGCAGGCAGGGACAUAACUUACUUCAUACAGCAGCUGUUGAGAGAGAGGGAAGUGGGGAUCCCUCCAGAGCAGUCCCUGGAGACCGCUAAGGCAGUCAAGGAGAGAUAUUGUUAUAUCUGCCCUGAUAUUGUGAAGGAAUUUACCAAAUAUGAUACAGACCCAGGGAAAUGGAUCAAGAAGUACAGGGGUAUUAAUUCCAUCAGCAAAAAUGAAUUCCAUAUAGAUGUUGGAUAUGAAAGAUUCCUUGGACCGGAAAUAUUUUUUCAUCCAGAGUUUGCAAACCCUGAUUUCAUGCAGCCCAUUUCAGAUGUAGUGGACGAGGUCAUACAGAACUGUCCCAUAGAUGUCAGGAGGCCACUCUACAAGAAUAUUGUCCUGUCCGGGGGGUCCACCAUGUUCCGGGACUUCGGGCGGCGGCUGCAGCGGGAUUUGAAGCGCGUCGUGGAUGCGCGGCUGAGGCUGAGCGAAGAGCUGAGCGGCGGGAGGAUAAAGCCCAAGCCGAUGGAGGUCCAGGUGAUCACGCACCACAUGCAGCGCUAUGCAGUCUGGUUUGGAGGCUCCAUGCUGGCUUCCACCCCUGAGUUCCUCCAGGUGUGUCACAGUAAGAAGGAUUACGAGGAGUACGGCCCCAGCAUCUGCCGCCACAACCCAGUGUUUGGCGUGAUGUCGUAAGGAGCGGGCUCAGGUGAUAAUGAUUACAGCAGUAGUGCACGCUCUACAUUAAUAGUCAGAAUGCAGCUAUGGAGACGAGACCGUGGCCUCCGAUCCCAGGCAGGAAAGCGUGGGAGACAUUGUGGGUAAAGCUGUAGACAUGGACAACUCUUUUCUAGGAUAGACUUGUUGAAGGAGGGGCGUUUGGUGUCUAACUGUCUGACUGCGAUGGCACUGCAUCUUUAACUUAAGAGUAACGAACUGAAACAACAUUUGAAUUUUUUGUUUGUUGUUAUUCUUAAGUGUCAUUGCCAGUUUGGCUGUGAUUGAAAACUAGAAUUUAGGGGAAUUUAAAACUUGCCUAAUUUCCUUAUUGAAAGUUAAGGACAAAGCACAUUUAGGGCUAGAUUGAAGGGCCCUGUUUUUGUCUAAUGUGUUAGCCCCUGCUGUAGUGCUUGACUGCAUUAUUUUAAGGGAUCACUUAUGAAUCUAAUUAAAACAAAAUAUGACACCCAAAGGUAGUCUUAUAGCUUCCCUUUUCACAGAAUCUAUAGAGUAUUAAGUUAUAUAUAUAUAAUAUAUAUUAUAUAUAUUUCAGAGUUAGUUUAUAUUUAUAAGAUAAAUAUAGCUUAUCACAGUGUGGAGUUAGUUGCUGGAUAAUGUGCAGUACAUUAAUGAUUUGAAAUGAAGUGCGUAGUUUUCACUGAGAAAAAUAUUUUGUCAUCCAUAGUUUUAUGAGAAUGGAUUUAUCUUAAUUUGUUUAAACUAUAUAUAUAUAUAUAUAUAUCAAAUAAAUCUCUUAUUUAUUGCCUGAAGCAUAUAUUUAUAUUUUAUUUAUUGAACUAUUGUGUACUAUGGUAGGACCCUAAGGGUAAAUUAUUUAAGGAAUUGUGUUUGGUUAAAGAGGAAAACCUACUGCUGUAUUUAGUUAAUGUUAAUAAAGACACUUUUCAUUUUCA